AUGACCGUUCACGAGUGUUCUCCAGAUGUAAUGGGAAAAUGGUACUUUGUUAAAGUUAUUGAACAUAUAAACGAAAUAAAAUGUGGAAGUUUUGCAGAAGCAGAUACUUUAAGUUUAUCGCGAAUGAUAAUUGCUGCGUGGCCAAUCAUAAAACUAAAAUCAAUUGAGACACAUGGGCUACCUCGUAUCAUAUUACUAUGGGAGGAAAAUGCUGGUAUCCUGGAAUAUACAUUUUGGGUAUCCAGAAAUGAAGCACCAGGGGUUUGGAAUUCUGACAAAAUCCAAAAUGGUUCUUUGGCAAAUAAACCAUCUUACAAUCAAUUCAUUGGAACCGUGCAUGUAAUGAAGGCAGUUGCAUCGCACAUGAUUAUUACCUUCUGUACAUGUAACGUUGAUGAUCAAAAAUUCUCUAUCCUGCUCGGUCGCAAAUAUAAACUACCGAAGACAGACCUGCUCGGCAUGCAUAAACUUCUUGAACGUCGAAACCUCCAUCUACUGAGUAUACGAAAAAGCUGUUCUUAUGGCUCAACAAUAUCCAAUAAUGGAAAAGCUAGUCUUAUUUUGUUUGGUUCGUAGUACAAAUUGCUUCGAAAAUGUUGUGGU